GGUCUAAGUUGUGACGUUUGAAACUGUUGUCUGAUUGUGCACCUAUCACCAUGGUUGACCUUCGUAGUGGGAAGAGCACCAUGCCUUAUAGCAAGGCUCAAGAAGAGCAAACCGCCGCCAUCCUAAGAGAGAGAAAGGAGAAGAAGGAGCUCAUUAGACAGGCGAAGAUGAAGAUGAUAGCAGACGAGCAGGCGACGAAGAAAAAGAAGUUAGAGGAGGAGAUGAAGAGAUGGAAGCAAGAGGAGGAAGAGAGAAUGAAGGCUGCAGUGGAGGAAGAGAUUGAAGAGGAGGAGGAGCCGAAAGGAGAGCCCCUCAAAAGAAGAGGCAUGGGGGGAAGAGGAGAGAGCAGUGGCAUGAAGGAAGAUGACCUGUGGGUCGAGAAGAGGAUAUCUGAGUGGGUGGCUAAUUUAUCGUUAGGAGAAGAUGAGGAGGCGAUGCUAUAUAUACCUCAAGAGGAGAAGGAAGCGGCGAUUAGGGAGAUCGAAGCAACAAGUGAUGCCCUAGAGCGCCAGGCCAUAGAAAAUGAGAAGAGGUUGGACUGGAAGUUGCGCCUGGCGAGAGAGAAGAAGAGGAGGACGGAGGAAGCCAACCGGGUGGCUAGGGAAAUGGUAAGUUUACAGACUUGUAGACAGGAAGUAGAGGCCCAACCUGAUAUUCAGGCCAAGUUGGACAAGAUCAUUGGGAGCAUCGAGCUCAUAGGUAGGGUCUGGACUGAGCACCAUUAGUCUGUUAGGGGCCAAGACAUGGCCCUCCACUCCAUCCGGUCCGGUUUUAGAGAAUUUGCACGGGAUGUAAUGACACAUGUAGGGACCGAG